AUGGCAAUCAGGGCGGUCAGAGGUUAUAGGACCAUCUCCCACGCGGCAGCCACGUUGAUGGCCGGGAUGCCCCCGAUAGCGAUGAGCGCCCGGGCACAUGCUCAAGUAUACGAGCAGGUGGCGGAGCAGAGGGCGAGGGGGAUCCCGGUACCAAGGAGGGGGAGGAGGCUCCUCAGCCUCCGCAUUAAGGAGAAGGUGAGGGAGGAAUGGCGAGCCUGGCUGGCUGAACCGAACCGUGCGGGCAAGAGGACGGUACAGGCCAUCCUCCCUCACUUUGACGACUGGAUAGACCGGUCGUGGACGCGGGCGUCAUACAGAACAACGCAGGUACUCACCGGGCACGGUUGCUUCGGUGAGUACCUGCAGAGGAUACAAAAGGAGCCCGACCCAAGAUGCCAUCAUUGCACAGAGGAAAGGGACACGGCGCAGCACACGCUGGACAGCUGUCCAGCGUGGGCAGAAGAGCGCCGCAUCCUCACGGAGGAAAUAGGGGGCGACCCACAGUGGUCCGGAUUGCGCAAAACGCGCGCAUAA